AUGAAAGAACUGUUCAUCUAUGCCAAGCCUAAAUAUGGCGGCGUCAUUAAAGAGACACCAAUUCCAAAACCAGGACCAAAAGAAGUGCUCAUCAAAGUCAUUUAUGCCGGGCUGAAUCCGAAAGACUGGAAGUCCACACGACAACGUACUGAGUCAGAAGCAUUCAACGCAGGAGACGAUGUAGCUGGUAUCGUCGAAGCAGUGGGCUCAGAGGUAUUCGAGUUCAAACCAGGCGAUCGCGUCGCCGGCUUUCACCGCAUGCUCACUCCCCACGGCACCUACGCCGAAUACACCAUUGUCAGAGCUACCACAACGUUUCAUUUGCCACCAAACAUCUCCUUCGAAUCAGGUGCUUCGCUUCCCCUGGCCUUUAUGACAGCCGCCAUUGCAUUGUACCAGGCCCUGAAAGUGCCAUUGCCAACAGCCAUUCCCGAAGCAAAUGCCGAAAAGAUCCCAAUCUUGAUCUGGGGCGGCGCGACAGCCGUGGGAGCCUUUGCGCUGCAGCUCGCUAAACUGAGUAACCUCGGACCCAUCAUCACAGUUGCCGGAGAUGGAAUCGACUUUGUCAAGUCACUCAAUGCGGCGGAUCACAUCAUCGACUACCGGACAGGAGACGUUGCGCAAAAGAUCAUCACUGCUGCAGGAUCGAACAAGAUAAAGCUUGCUUUCGAUUCCAUAUCUGAUCCUCGUAGUUACGAGCCCAUCUCAGAAGUACUUGCUGCUUCUGCAGGUGGCACUAUCAACAUGGUCGACCCUGUCGAAGACAAAAACUGGAAAUUCCCAGACGGCGUUGAACGCUCUGCCACGAUGGUUGGUUCUUCCCAUGGCGAUACGUGGGGUAUAGUUAGCGAAGAGCAGGCAAAAGUGGACCAGGAGUUUGCAUUUUGGUUUUACAGAUACUUGAGCCAUUUGUUGGCAGAAGGGAAGAUUCAGCCUCACCCUGUUGAAGUGCUUCCGGAUGGUUUGAAUGGUAUUGUUGCGGGAGUGCAGGCGCUAUUUGACCGAAAAGUGAGCGCGAAGAAGCUCGUUGCAAGGAUUGGCGAAUAA